CCAAGCGUGUCACCAUCGCUGCAAGUCUGCUCAUACAAAGACUCAUCUCUACCCACCAUCGGAAUGGACAUCUCUGAUAGAGUCGCGUGCAUCGCUCUGCUGACAUACAGUGCAAUUGCUGGGUGUGAGAUGUUCGCCCAACGAGGACUCUAUCCCUACCCGUCACUGUUUGGAUUUGUGCCACGCCCUCCGGUCCCAAGAAACCCUCUUCCCCGGGACAACCCCCAUACACCACGUGCAGAUCCACCACCUGCGAACCCUCCUCCAAAUACACCCGAUGCGAACCCUCCUCCAAAUACACCCGAUGCGAAUCCUCCUCCAAAUACACCCGAUGCGAAUCCUCCUCCAAAUACACCUGAUGCGAAUCCUCCUCCAAAUACACCCGAUGCGAAUCCUCCUCCAAGUACACCCGAUGCGAACCCUCCUCCAAGUACACCCGAUACGAAUCCUGCUAAAAAUAUACCCGAUGCGAAUCCUCCUCCAAAUACACCCGAUGCGAACCCUCCUCCAAGUACACCCGAUGCGAAUUCUCCUCCAAAUAUACCAGAUGCGAAUCCUCCUCCUAAUAUACCCGAUGCGAAUCCUCCUCCAACUACACCCGAUGCGAACCCUCCUCCAAAUACACCAGGUGCGAACCCUCCUCCAAAUACACCCGAUGCGAAGCCUCCUCCAAAUACACCCGAUGCGAAGCCUCCUCCAAAUACACCCGAUGCGAAUUCUCCUCCAAAUACACCCGAUGCGAAUCCUCCUCCAAGUACACCCGAUGCGAACCCUCCUCCAAGUACACCCGAUACGAAUCCUGCUCCAAAUAUACCCGAUGCGAAUCCUGCUCCAAAUACACCCGAUGCGAACCCUCCUCCAAGUACACCCGAUGCGAAUUCUCCUCCAAAUAUACCAGAUGCGUAUCCUCCUCCUAAUAUACCCGAUGCGAACCCUCCUCCAACUACACCCGAUGCGAAUUCUCCUCCAAAUAUACCAGAUGCGAAUCCUCCUCCAAGUACACCCGAUGCGAAUCCUCCUCCAAAUACACCCGAUGCGAACCCUCCUCCAAAUACACCAGAUGCGAAUCCUCCUCCAAAUACACCAGAUGCGAACCCUCCUCCUAAUACACCAGAUGCGAAUCCUCCUCCAAAUACACCAAAUGCGAAUCCUCCUCCAAAUAUACCAGAUGCCAACCCUCCUUCAUCUAAUCCAGAUGCGAAUCCUCCUCCAAAUACACCAGAUGCGAACCCUCCUCCAAAUACACCCGAUGCGAAACCUCCUCCAAAUACACCCGAUGCGAACCCUCCUCCAAGUACACCCGAUGCGAAUCCUCCACCAAAUAUACCAAAUGCGAACCUUCCUCCAAGGGCACCCACAUCCCCUCCGAAUGGCGGAACUACUUACCCUCUAUAUGGACGAGGUACUCAGAGAGCGUUUUCUCCUUUCCCUGGCCUGUCAGGGUGGGGCAGAUUUGUCAACAGAUACGUCCCACCUCCGCUACCCCCGGAAUCACCAGGCAGCACCCAGAAUUCAUAUACACCGCCCGCACCAACCGACACACCGCUGGACACCCCAGACUUCGUCGAACCACACAGGGAGUGGGUGUACCACUUCAGGCAGACAAACAGAGAACCCUAUGCGGAACGCAUGGAGAGCACAGGACACGAAAUGGCUAUACCCAGCAAUGUGAUGGACAACCUAGUUCCAACUUCUGAAGGCGUAGCAACUGGACAGGAGUCAAAACGAGAUCAAGCCAAACGUCAUCUUUCAUCAUCAGUGAAUCACCAUCUUAUAAGCAAUGAAGCUCAUAUCGAAGCAUCUUCUGUAUCGGAUACAAUCAUCCCUACAGGAGCGCAUUUCCUCAUGGAAUCGUUUCAGGGCACAGGGUGUCAGAGCUCGUCAACUACAUCCACAGCAACGUCAUCGACCGUGGCCGACGUCACGCAGGCAACCAGUACAAGAUACAGCGUGACGACACAAAGCACGGUUCCAACAUGGGGUACAACAACGACAUCGUCGCCUCCACCUGACACGACAUCGUCGCCUCCACCUGACAUGACAUCGUCAACUCCACCUGACACGACAUCGUCACCUCCACCUGACACGACAUCGUCAACUCCACCUGACACGACAUCGUCAACUCCACCUGAGGUGCAUCUUCCAUAUAUUAGCAUUGGAUCGCUCCAAGUCAGUCCCUCUGGUACGGAUGUGCAAACCCGAACAGGUGAACUAGCUAGAAGUUACUACGGGUAUGAUGACAUUCAACCACCAAUCACCGACCAAUCAGGGAUGUAUAGUAAUAGUCAGCCACCAAUCACCGACCAAUCAGUGAUGUAUAGUAACAGUCAACCAUCAAUCACCGACCAAUCAGGGAUGUAUAGUAACAGCCAACCACCAAUCACCGACCAAUCAGGGGUGUAUAGUAACAGUCAACCUCCAAUCACCGACCAAUCAGGGAUGUAUGGUAACAGUCAACCACCAAUCACCGACCAAUCAGGGACGUAUAGCAACAGUCAACCACCAAUCACCGACAAUUCAGCGAUGUAUAGUAACAGUCAACCUCCAAUCACCGACCAAUCAGGGAUGUAUAGUAACAGUCAACCACCAAUUACCGACAAUUCAGCGAUGUAUAGUAACAGUCAACCACCAAUUACAGACCAAUCAGUGAUGUAUAGUAACAGUCAACCACCAAUCACCGACCAAUCAGUGAUGUAUAGUAACAGUCAACCAACAAUCACCGACCAAUCAGCGAUGUAUAGUAACAGUCAACCACCAAUUACCGACCAAUCAGGGAUGUAUAGUAACAGUCAACCAACAAUCACCGACAAUUCAGCGAUGUAUAGUAACAGUCAACCACCAAUCACCGACCAAUCAGUGACGUAUAGUAACAGUCAAUCACCAAUCACCGACAAUUCAGUGAUGUAUAUUAACAGCCAACCACCAAUCACCUACCAAUCAGGGAUGUAUAGUAACAGUCAAACGCAAUUAACAGACAAUUCAGCGAUGUAUAGUAACAGCCAACCACCAAUCACCGACCAAUCAGGGAUGUAUAGUAACAGCCAACCACCAAUCACCGACAAUUCAGCGAUGUAUAGUAACAGUCAACCUCCAAUCACCGACCAAUCAGGGAUGUUUAGUAACAGUCAACCACCAAUCACCGACCAAUCAGUGAUGUAUAGUAACAGUCAACCACCAAUCACCGACAAUUCAGCGAUGUAUAGUAACAGUCAACCACCAAUCACCGACCAAUCAGGGAUGUAUAGUAACAGUCAACUACCAAUCACCGACAAUUCAGCGAUGUAUAGUAACAGUCAACCACCAAUCACCGACCAAUCAGCGAUGUUUAGUAACAGCCAACCACCAAUCACCGACCAAUCAGUGAUGUAUAGUAACAGCCAACCACCAAUCACCGACAACUCAGUGACGUAUAGUAACAGUCAACCACCAAUCACCGACAAUUCAGCGAUGUAUAGUAACAGUCAACCGCCAAUCACCGACAAUUCAGUGAUGUAUAGUAACAGUCAACCACCAAUCACCGACAAUUCAGUGAUGUAUAGUAACAGCCAACCACCAAUCACCGACCAAUCAGGGAUGUAUAGUAACAGCCAACCACCAAUCACCGACAAUUCAGCGAUGUAUAGUUACAGUCAACCUCCAAUCACCGACCAAUCAGCGAUGUUUAGUAACAGCCAACCACCAAUCACCGACCAAUCAGUGAUGUAUAGUAACAGCCAACCACCAAUCACCGACAACUCAGGGACGUAUAGUAACAGUCAACCACCAAUCACCGACAAUUCAGCAAUGUAUAUUAACAGUCAACCGCCAAUCACCGACAAUUCAGUGAUGUAUAGUAACAGUCAACCACCAAUCACCGACAAUUCAGUGAUGUAUAGUAACAGACAACCACCAAUCACCGACCAAUCAGGGAUGUAUAGUAACAGCCAACCACCAAUCACCGACAAUUCAGCGAUGUAUAGUAACAGUCAACCACCAAUCACCGACCAAUCAGGGAUGUUUAGUAACAGUCAACCACCAAUCACCGACCAAUCAGUGAUGUAUAGUAACAGUCAACCACCAAUCACCGACAAUUCAGCGAUGUAUAGUAACAGUCAACCACCAAUCACCGACCAAUCAGGGAUGUAUAGUAACAGUCAACUACCAAUCACCGACAAUUCAGCGAUGUAUAGUAACAGUCAACCACCAAUCACCGACCAAUCAGCGAUGUUUAGUAACAGCCAACCACCAAUCACCGACCAAUCAGUGAUGUAUAGUAACAGCCAACCACCAAUCACCGACAACUCAGUGACGUAUAGUAACAGUCAACCACCAAUCACCGACAAUUCAGCGAUGUUUAGUAACAGCCAACCACCAAUCACCGACCAAUCAGGGAUGUAUAGUAACAGCCAACCACCAAUCACCGACAACUCAGUGACGUAUAGUAACAGUCAACCACCAAUCACCGACAACUCAGUGACGUAUAGUAACAGUCAACCACCAAUUACCGACAAUUCCGCGGCGUAUAGUAACAGUCAACCACCAAUCACAGACAAAUCAGGGAUAUAUAGUAACAGCCAACCACCAAUCACCGACCAUUCAGCGACGUUUAGUAAAAGUCAACCACCAAUCACCGACAAAUCAGGGAUGUAUAGUAACAGUCAACCACAAUUCACAGACAAUUCAGUGAUGUAUAGUAACUCUAUUCCCAGCAAGCCGGUAAGCCAGUACCCAGAUAAAGGACAUUAUGACACAAGGAAACUGGACGAUGGGAAGUACACAAGCACAUAUACUAGCGGGCAGAGUGCGGAUGGGCCAAUUAAUACGGAGACAUAUGCCAAUGUCGUUGGACCUACGUUGGCAACCAGGAGUAUAGGGUCACCAGGGACGACAAAUACACCAACUUUCCUCGCUAAGUCAGGAUCAUAUUCACCCAACAAGAUACCAAUUCCUGGAAAUUACCCUUCCAGGUCAUUGCAAAAUGGAACUUCCGAGGCCAAAGAUACUGGGACAGUUACUAAACUUGGAACCAUUGAUGAUCCUACUGAAACUGACCCUGUUGGAGUUCACCGAACACGGAAUGUCCACAUGCACCUGCACAAAGAGUUCCUGCCUAUAGAAGUCCUUCUCAGCAAGCACCUUCACAAAGGGUUCCUGUCUACAGAAGUCCUUCUCAACAAGCACCUGUCAAAAGAGUUCCUGCCUACAGAAGUCCUUCUCAACAAGCACCUGCACAAAGGGUUCCUGUCUACAGAAGUCCUUCUCAACAAGCACCUGCACAAAGAGCCCCUGCCUACAGACCUCCUCUUCAAAAAGCACCUACACAAAGUGUUCCUGCCUACAGAACUCCUUCACAACAAGCACCUACACAAAGUGUUCCUGCCUAUAGAACUCAUCCUCAAAAAGCACCUGCACAACGAUUUCCUGCCCAUAGAAUACCUUCUCAACAAGCACCUGCACAAAGAUUUCCUGCCAAUAGAACUCCUUCUCAACAAGCACCUUCACAAAGAGUUCCUGUUUAUAGAACUCUUCCUCAAAGAGCACCUACACAAAGCGUUCCUGUCUAUAGAACUUCUCCUCAAAAAGCACCUGCACAAAGAGUUCCUGCCUAUAGAACUUCUCCUCAAAAUGCACCUGCACAAAGAGCCCCUGCCUACAGACCUCCUCCUCAAAAAGCACCAACACAAAAGCUCCUCAAAAAGCACCUUCACAAAGUGUUCCUGUCUAUAG